GAAAUAGUGUGGAGUUGUCAAGUUGGAAGUCAUAAAUAGGUCAUUGGCCAGUGAAAGUAUAAUAACUGUUUAUCUUGUGGGCACCCUGUAUUUGCGAUGAGCUGUCACUGUCAAGGCAUCUAACUUGAUUUUAGUCUUAAUCGGUGCAGGCACUAAUUUGGUAUACACAGAUCUGUUGAUAAUUGAAUUAUCAAUCAACUGAUAAUGUCGCACCAGACCGGUAUCACAGCCAACGAAAAGCUGCUGCGGGUCUUCGGUAAGUCGAAGGAAGGCAAGCUGCGAUUAAUAAAAAUUUCUAUCGAAAAUGAGGAGCUCACUUGCACUGGAAUGCAAGAAGUGAAAAAAGACUGGGAGAAGGACUAUGACAAGUUCAUCGCACCACUCAUCGAGGAGAACACUCCUUGCUACAUCCUGUACCGCCUGGACGAGAAAACGUCUCUAGGGCACGCAUGGCUCCUCCUCAGCUACGUCCCGGAGACGGCUACCAUUCGGCAGAAAAUGCUUUACGCUUCCACAAAGGCCACGCUCAAACUAGAAUUCGGUUCAUCGCAUAUCAAGGAAGAGCUACACGCCACAACCAAGGACGAGACUACCUUGCAGGGGUACUAUCGUAACAAGAAGAAUUUCGCAGCUCCGGCACCAUUGACCUCGCGCGAGGAAGAGCUGAACGAGAUCAAGAAAACGGAAGUGAAUACCGACAUUUCGACGGAUACUCGCCACCAAACGCUGGGUGGGAUCAAUUUCCCACUGACUGAAGCCGCUUCGAACGCCAUAAAGGAUGCGACGCACGGCCUACACGACUAUUUGCAGUUCAAGAUCGAUUUACAGAAUGAGAUCAUUGAGCUUGUAAAAGCGAAAAAACUCGCGCUUAGUGACCUUCAAAAGGAAAUACCAAAAGAUCAAGCACGAUAUCAUAUUUUCUCCUUCAAACACACGCACGAAGGCGACUAUUUAGAAUCAUUCGUGUUCAUCUACUCUAUGCCUGGAUAUUCUUGCUCAGUAAAGGAACGUAUGAUGUAUUCAAGUUGUAAGCAGCCCUUCCUGAAAGUAAUUGAGGACUAUGGAAUGGAGAUAGCGAAAAGGCUGGAAAUCGAUGAUGGAGACGAACUCACCGAAGAAUUUCUAAUGGAAGAAUUGCAUCCGAAGAAAAUACUGCAUCGUCCGCAAUUUGCAAAGCCAAAGGGUCCGCCUAAUCGAGGGCCAAAACGAUUGACGAGACCUCAGCAGGCAGAGUGAUAGAAUUUUUCGCCAAUUUUUUUUUAUUCUUUAAAAGAUUCCUAUUUUUGCCCUAACAAAAAUUCGAUAACAAUGAAACAAAUAACGGGUUCGUGCAUUAGACCUGCAUUUAAAUUUAACUUUAAAGAGAACAUGUAUUCAAAGUGAUAAUAAUAGACGAAUUGACAAGAGUUUUAUUUUAAACUAAUCCGCAUUAUCUAAUCCGAAUUUAGAUUUUGUCCAUUGUUCAUUCUUGGAAUGAAUGUUGAAAACUUCAAAACUUGUAGAUCGUUUCAGAAAUUGUAGAAGUGUUGGAUUUCUGUAUGUUAAAUCAAAAAUUGAAAAAUAUUGCAUUUAUGAUCAAUGUACUGACGUAGGGAUGCCGAUGUGAUGAUAAAUGCUAUUAAGUGAGUAAUCUGAUGUCUUCGUUUUAAAAAGUAUUUUCUGUAGAAGUAAAAAAUAAAUGAACGAAUAACUA